GUUUGGAGCCGACCCCCAUUUUUUCGCUCUUCACCAAACGUCAUCAAGCAAACUUCUUCAGGCUCAGUCCGAACCUUUUUUUUUUUAUAUCUCUUUUUGAUUCAAAAUGACUCCUGAUGGUGUACCCGAUAAGUCUGACUAUGUGGAAGCAUUAAAGACUGUCAAACUUGAAGAAUUCAAAGAUAUUGGCAAAAUCCCUUGUGCACGUACUUCCCUUCUUUAUGGCAUGGGCGCUGCUUUCGGAUUGGGUGGGAUUCGAUUCUUGAUCAAACGUUCAGUGCCUACUUCAGCCAACUGGGCAGUAGCAAGCUUUUGUGGUGUCUCAGUAGUUAAUUUUGAAUUAUGUCAAAUGGAUAGGAAACAAAAGUUGGAACGACUUCGAUUGAUUGUCAAAGAAACAGAUUCUAGUCCCAAUCAACGACGACAAAAGGAGGCGAUCAAAAAGAAUCUUCAAGUGAUUGUUGAUGAAGAUGAUUUGACGAAACAACAACAACAACAACAACAAGAAUAGACGUUUUUUGCUGAAUUCUCGGUUAUUUGAUAUGUAUCGACCAAUCGGAUCAAGGAUGUAAUGUAUUUAUAUAUGGGGGACAAACUCAUUAUUGUAUGUAUAUAUAUAGAAUAGAACUUUUGUAUUAGAUAGGAUGGAUGAAUAGUUUUGUUUUGAUGAAUGAAUAAAAGAAUACAUCUUUUUUAUUGGUUUCAUUGUUUUUUUUUUUUGUUUUUUUUUU